AGCGGCCAUUUUGUCCUGACGGUCGAUAUGAGUCGGGGGAGGCGAGUACACUGCUAUUUUUUUUAUUUUUGAGCGUCUAAGAAGAUCCAACGUUAGCGCUGGACAGUGGAACAAGGACUAUAGUGGCAGAAGAUGAGUGGAGCAAAUAGCACACCAUUAGGAAGGAUGAACCCAGCUAUCGGAGCUGGAAAAAAGCCCGCCCCUACAGGCUUGUCUCUCUUGAAGCCCAGCUACAUGAGUUCAGGAAGCUCUAGUGCAUCUUCUGCAGCCACUGCUGCUGCUGCAGCAGCUGCUGCAGCAGUCUCGGCACAGAUUAACAGCAGCCAAAACUCCGGAAAGAGGGAAAGUGACUCCAGCUAUGAAGCAGAACAAGAAGAAAGGAAGCGACGUAGAAAAUCUAGGUGGCAGGGCGAUGAGAAAGACAAGACUUUCAUUCCGGGCAUGCCGACGGUGCUUCCCAGCAAUAUGUCCAAGGAUCAGGAGGAAGCAUAUUUGCUGCAGCUGCAGAUUGAAGAAUUAAGUCGACGUCUCCGCUCCAACGAUCUGGGCAUCUCUCCUAAUCCUGAAGACAGGUCUCCAUCACCAGAGCCAAUUUACAACAAUGAAGGAAAGAGGCUAAACACCAGGGAGUACCGCACUCGGAAGAAGCUGGAGGAUGACCGCCACAAUUGCAUUACGAGGAUGAUGAGCAUCAAUGCUGAUUAUAAACCACCUGCAGAUUACAAACCACCAGUAGUGAAGGUUUCCGAUAAAGUGAUGAUUCCACAAGAAGAGCACCCGGACAUCAAUUUUGUGGGACUUUUGAUUGGCCCUCGUGGAAACACACUGAAAGCCAUGGAGAAGGACACAGGUGCAAAAAUAAUAAUUCGAGGCAAAGGAUCUGUAAAGGAAGGCAAGGUUGGACGCAAGGAUGGUGGACCAAUGCCAGGAGAAGAUGAGCCUUUGCAUGCAUAUGUUACAGCCAGCAAUCCAGAGAGUGUUAAGAAAGCUGUUGACAGAAUAAAGGAAAUAAUUCGGCAAGGUGUUGAGGUGCCAGAAGGUCAAAAUGACUUGAGAAGGAUGCAGCUUAGAGAGCUUGCACUUCUAAAUGGCACUCUGCGUGAGAAUGAUGGACCAAGAUGCUCCAAUUGUGGAUCUAAUGCUCAUAAAUCAUGGCAGUGCCCAGACAAGCCAAAUGUAACAAACAACGUAGUGUGCACAAGUUGUGGUGGAACAGGUCAUAUUGCCAAAGAUUGUCGGCAGCGACGUGGUCCUGGUGCUCCUGCAUCUGUUGAUAGGCAAAAGAUAGAUGAAGAAUAUAUGUCUCUUAUGGCAGAAUUGGGUGAAGGUCCUCCGCCUCCUCAAAAUAAUGAUCGAAAUAGUAAUCGACAGACAGCCACUCCAACCACCAGGAGUCUCUUUGAUCGUCCACAAGGGGCUCCACGUCCUCUAAUGGGCCCACCACCUCGUUCGGAACCCCAGACAAAUGUGAAUAAUCAGUUCAGCAGCAGUAAUCCAAACCAGGGAGGAAUGAAUCAACAGAAUUCUUGGAAUUCAAAUCAGAUGGGAGGACAAGGUGGUCCACGCCCCUUGUUGGCAAAUAAUAGUAAUGGUCCUCCUAAUCUGAAUCAUCCACCUCCAGGAAUGCCAUGGCAACAGCAACAGCAGCAACAGCAACAACAACAGUCACAGCAACAACAGGGCACAAACAGCUUCCAGGGUGUACCACCCCCAAAUUUGCUGCAGGCACCACCACCACCACCACCACCCACAACACAGAAUGGACAGCAGCAGCAACAGCAGCCAGGUUGGAUGGGUCAGGCUCCACCUGGCCCACCAGGUGGUCCGCAGGGUCCUCAAGGCCCAGGAAAUCAUGGUGGCCCCCAUGGUGGGCCACCAAAUGGUCCACAUGGACCUCAUGGAGGCCCUCAUGGUGGGCCUCAUGGAGGACCACAUGGAGGGCCACAUGGAGGUCCUCAUGGAGGUCCUCAUGGAGGUCCUCAUGGAGGCCCUCAUGGUGGGCCACAUGGUGGACCUCAUGGAGGACCACCACAUGGUCCCCCUCCACAAAUGAAUCACUGGCAAGGACCUCCUCCAGGUCCUCACCAUGGGCCUCCUGGAAUGGGUUGUCCUCCUCCUGGACCAGUACCACCACCCCGCCCAGUGGGACCACCCCCAGGGUGGGGUUGGAAUGGUCCACCACAGCCAGUUGGCCCACCUCCUCCCCCCCCUCCUGGAGGCCCUGGAGGUCCUGGUGGACCUGGGGGACCAGGGGGACCUGGGGGCCCUGGACCCAGGGGACCAGGUGGUGUCGAUUUGGGAGCCCUCCUCUCAGCCCCACCACCACCACCUCCAUCGUAGAUACUUUCCUACAGCAGUACAAAUGAUCCCCUGCCACUGAUUAAUGCCUGCUCAAGGAAUCAAAUUCUUUGUAGCUGUACAGACUUAUGCAUAUAUGUACAAGUAUUUAAAAGGAUGGACAGUGGCUCCUCACUUUCAACUUCAUUCCAUAAUGAGGUCUAUUACUGGGAGUACGGAACAUUUAAUGGUGUCUUAGUGGAUGUUCAUAUGGUAGGAUGACUAAUGUUAAGACUUUUUUAUUGUACAAAUCUUUUUAUGAAUGAAUAUUAACCCCUCAGAUUAUUAUUGUUCAUGUAAAGUGCUGUGCCCUAGUUAGGUCAUUCAAGCCUAAUUAAAUUUAUGAUUAUUUAGAAUUUUCAUGCUAGAAUAGUAAAUCAUCUGUCCAGGGGAAAAUAUUUUUGGUACUGUGUGCUAUGUCUCAUUGAAGUGUUGUAGUUUGAUGAUGAACUCGUAUGACCUAUCUUAAAAUACAAAACUGCAUAAGGCACUUGUUUUGGAUGGAAUGCUGGAUGCAUAGGUACUACAGGUUGGUAAUCUUCAAAAAUAAUCCAUACAGAUUGUUUUGCAGUGUAGUGAUGCUUAUCCUGUUUGAAGUUAUGCUCUAAGAAAAAUUAAUGAAAGGUUGAGCAUUUCUUGCUGUAAAUUUAAGGUGCAAUGGACAUUUUUUAAGUGACUAGGUGGAAAAUUAUAUUUCAUGAGAUGUCAAAACUAAGUAAGGGAAGAAAAAUUUAUGAUUGUAUGAAAUAUUUUUUUUCAAUUGUAUUAAUAUACAGUUGACCCUUGAACAACACUGGGGUUAGGGGCACUGACCUCCUGCAGUCAAAAAUCUGCAUAUAAUUUUUGACUGCACAAAAACUUAACUACUAAUGGUCUACUGUUGACUGGAGGCCUUACCGAUAACAUAAAUAGUCAAUUAGUACAUAUUUUAUAUGUUGUGUGUAAUAUAUACUGUAUUCUUAAAAUAAGGUAAGCUGGAGAAAAGAAUAAUGUUAAGAAAAUCAUAAUUAAGAGAAAAUACAUUUACAAUACUGAAUUUAUUGAUAUCUUAAGUUUACAUAAUCUGUUUACAUGAUGAAUUGUCUUGUCUGUCAGUACAUAUAUCAUUAUUGUCUUAAUGAUACAAAACACUGUAUACAUAUUGCUAGACAAAAAUGAAAAGAUAAUUUGAAAAAGAAAUUCAUAUUUAUUUAUAAUUUAAUAUUGCAUCUUUAUAUAUGUUGACACUUCUCUCAACUGCGAGUGGAACAUGUAUGAGCUGUAAUAAUAUAAUACAGCCUCUCCUCGCUUAGCAAUGUACUCGUUUACCGAUGACUCAGAGUCACGACGGGCUCUCAGACCAGUAUGCAUACCUAAAUAAUGUAUGUAUAUUAGAGCUGAUUUCCUCUAUUCUGUGGCUUAGCACUUCUUUUUGAUUAUAAUAAUAAUCCUCUAUUCUGUUUAUUACAGUAUACAGUACACUAUUGUAUAAACAUUUAAAAAUGUUAUGAAUGGUGUAAAGGUGACAUUAAAACAAUAUCAAGAUGGUUGACACAAACCCACUACGAUUAUAGUGUGUAAGUCCGACGACUCGGACUUACAACGGGCUUUCUGACCAGUAUGCAUACCUAAAUUAUGUAUAUUAGAGCUGAUUCUCUAUUCUGUUUAUUACAAUAUACAGUACACUAUUGUAUAAAAAUUUAAAAAUAUACUCGAAAAAUUAUAAAUGGUGCAAAGGUCUCAGGAAUGGAACUCCGUUGUUAAGUGAGGAGAGGUUGUAUUUUAUUUUUUUAUUAACAUGCUGACUGUUUCCCAUUGAGGCAGGGUGACCCAAAUAAGAAGAAACACUUUCAUCAUUGUUUAUUCCAUCACUGUCUUUCCAGAGGUGUGCCUACACUAGAGUUAAAAAAAAAAGACUGCAACAUAUCAACACCCCUCCUUCAGAGUGAAGGCACUGUACUUCCCACGUUCAGGACUCAAGUCCAGUUUGCCAGUUUCCAUGAAUCUCUCUAUAAAUGUUAUUUUGCUCACACUCCAACAGCAUGUCGAAGUCAUAAAACCAUUUGUCUCCAUUCACUCUUAUCUAACACUGGUUUAGCGCUUCUUUUUUAUUAUAAUAAUAAUCUAACACGCACACGUGCUGGAAGUCUAAGCCCCUCGCAUACAAAACCUGCUUUACCCCCUACUGUGGCUUCCUUCCACUGCAGAUUUGUAUGCUCUCCAAAUCAUUCUAUUUCAUUCUGGCCUCUGAAUGUUUGAACCACCUCAACAACCCCUCAGCCCUCUGGAUAACACUUAGUAACCCUGCACCACCCCCUAAUUUCCAAACUACAGAUUCUCAUUAUAUUCAAACUGCAUUUUGCCCUCAGAUACAUUAUUAUAUUGACCCUUGUGGGUUUAGCAUUUAAUUAUGAUUAUAAUUAUAUUCAGUGGGGAAGUGGAAAAGAAGUAUUCCUCUGUAAACUGUGUGUGUUGUAAGAGGUGGCUAAAAUGCUGGGAGCAAGGGGCUAGUAACCCCCUUUUGUAUAAAUUACUAAAUUUAAAAAGAACUUUAAUUUUUCUUUUUAGGUCACCCUGCCUUGGUGGGAUAAGACCAGUUCCUUUUAAAAAAAUAUAAUGUGAUCCUUUAUUGACAACAUUUCCGAAACGUUGUCAAUAAAGGAUCACGUUAUACUGCUUAAGUGUUCGUAUUUCCAUUGUGUCGGUAUUUUAUACCAUUUAUUUAAAAAAAAAAAAAAAAUUGCAUCAUUGUGUUUACCUUUCUCAACUGUGACUGGAACAUGUACGAUCAGUAAUAAUAAAUUAUUACGUAUAUUAUAUGUAUUAUAUUGAAAAAAUCCGUGUAUAAAUGGAUCCAUGCAGUUCAAAUCCAUGUUGUUGUUGGGUCAACUGUAGUAAAAAAAAAUAUAAAAUAUUUUAAGUUACAAUGUAAAUAAAGCACUGACAAAGA